GGAUGCCAAUGCCUCCCCACGCCAGGCCGUGCCCCUCCCACCUGCAUCUCCGCUUGUAUCCCGCCAUGCUCCGCGCGAUGGGACUCGCUAGCUCUUGGAGGGCCGCGCUUCUCUAUAGCCCGUAUCGCGUCUCUAUGACCGGGCGGAGCGGAGAGCGGAAGUGAGCCGAGCGGCGUCUCUAUGGUGACGGCUGAGAGGCGGGGCGGCGAAGCCGGAAGCGGGGACCGGGCGCCCGGAGCACAGGGUUGCCUAAAGGAAGAGAAAUGGAACUGAAAAAAUUAAGCAUCUCGUUGAUUGUGGUCCUGGUUCUGGUCUUGGUCCUGCAAAUUUUAUCUGCAGUGGAUUUUGAUCCAUACAGAAUCCUUGGGGUCAGCAGGACAUCCAGCCAGGCUGAUAUUAAAAAGGCUUAUAAGAAGCUUGCCCGGGAAUGGCAUCCUGACAAAAACAAGGACCCAGGAGCAGAAGAUAAGUUUAUACAAAUUAGCAAAGCCUAUGAGAUCCUCUCCAAUGAGGAAAAGAGAUCCAACUUCGAUCGUUAUGGAGACGUGGGUGAAAAUCAGGGGUACCCUCAACAGCAGCACCACCACUUCCAUCACUUCCAUGAAAGCUUUUACUUUGAUGAAUCCUUUUUCCACUUCCCAUUUAAUUCGGAGAGACGAGACUCCUCUGAUGAGAAAUACUUGCUGCAUUUUUCGCACUAUGUGAACGAGAUUGUGCCGGACAGUUUCAAAAAGCCCUACCUCAUUAAAAUAACCUCGGACUGGUGCUUCAGCUGUAUCCACAUUGAGCCUGUGUGGAAGGAGGCUGUUCAGGAGCUAGAGAUGCUGGGAGUGGGAAUUGGAGUUGUCCAUGCUGGCUAUGAGAGACGCCUAGCACAUCACUUGGGAGCACACAGCACACCAUCCAUUCUGGGACUCAUUAAUGGGAAAAUAUCCUUCUUCCACAAAGCAGUCCUUCGCGAGAACCUGCGGCAGUUUGUGGGCAGCCUUCUUCCAGGGAACCUAAUAGAGAAGAUUACAGAUAAAAAUUAUGCCAGAUUCCUGUCAAACUGGAAGAAAGAAAAUAAACCCCAUGUCCUUCUGUUUGAUCAUAUGCCACUAGCACCAUUGUUAUACAAGCUCACUGCUUUUGCAUACAGAGAUUAUUUGUCCUUUGGAUAUGUGUAUGUUGGACUCAGAGGGACUGAAGAGUUGUCCAGACAAUAUAACAUCAAUGUCUACACCCCCACCAUCAUGGUCUUCAAGGAACAUAUUGAUAAGCCUGCUGACGUUAUUCAGGCACGAGAAAUGAAAAAGCAGCUCAUUGAUGACUUCCUCUCUCAGAAUAAGUUCCUUUUGGCAGCCAGACUCACCAACCAGAAACUGUUUCAUGAGCUGUGUCCUGUGAAGAAGUCUCACCGUCAGCGGAAGUACUGUGUGGUUUUACUUACUGGCGAGGGUGACAAGUUUGCUAAGACCUAUGAGGCAUUUGUGGCCUUUGCUCUGGCAAACACAAAAGACACCGUGAGGUUUGUGCAUAUCUACAACGACCGUCAGCGAGACUUUGCCCAUGCCUUGUUGAUGGAUGAGGAGAAAUAUUGGGGGAAAUCUGCCGUGGCCAUCCUGGAAAGGCGCAAUAAUGUAGGAAGAGUGGUCUAUAAAAUCUUGGAAGAUGCCUGGCAGGGCAGUGAAGAGGAUAACUUCAUUCUUUUGGAUCUUCUGGCUCAGUUAAGAACAGAUGCUGGUCUUCUUUCUUCAGACACUCUCCUGCCAGAUUUGAAUGAUGAACUUGCUCCUGUGUUCUUUCUCCGAUGGCUCUACUCUGCAAUGGAGUAUGUCUCGGACUGCUGGGACAGCAUAUUUCAUAACAACUGGCGGGAAAUGAUGCCACUUCUGUCCCUAAUCUUCUCAGCCCUCUUCAUUCUCUUUGGCACUGUUAUUGUUCAGGCUUUUAGUGAUUCAAGCGAUGAGAGAGACUCUCCUCUCCCUCAGAAAGACGACCCCACUGAAAAGAGUGAAAAGAAUGAUGCAGCCUUCAGCAAAGAGAACAGGAUUCCCAAAAAGGGCUUUGUGGAAGUGACUGAGCUAACAGAUGUAACCUAUACUAGUAACCUGGUGCGCCUGAGACCGGGUCACAUGAACGUGGUUCUGAUCCUUUCCAACCCCACCAAAACUACCCUACUUCAGAAGUUUGCCCUGGAAGUCUACACAUUCACAGGGAGCAGCUGUCUUCAUUUCUCCUUCCUGAGCCUCGAUAAGCAUCGAGAAUGGCUGGAGUAUUUGCUAGAAUUUGCCCAGGAUGCUGCCCCCAUUCCAAAUCAGUAUGACAAACAUUUCUUGGAGCGCGACUACACUGGUUAUGUCCUCGCUCUAAAUGGCCACAAGAAAUACUUCUGUCUCUUCAAGCCUCACAGAGCAGGGGAUGAAGGGGGAACAAUGGGCUGUGAGGAUUAUGACCCAUUGCUACAUGCAGGAGAAACCCGGGGAAAAUCCUCUUCCAGUCCAGGAGCCAAACAAGUUAAAAACAAAUUAAGCAAGUUGUCUUUGUGGAUGGAACGUCUCUUAGAAGGUUCCUUACAAAGGUUCUAUAUUCCAUCAUGGCCUGCAUUGGACUGAAGGCAUUUAAAAGAGAUUCUAACAUUACAAACUUUUUAAGAUGACAACCAUGGACGAUUCUUUCCAGGAAUAAACAGUCAUGAAAAUGGACAGUAGGUUUUAGAUGAAUGCUCCUAGGCCUAGUGAGUAGAAAUAUCUUCCUACAUCUUUGACCUAGGAUCGAAAGAUGAAAUAUACUGAAGUCCUCUGUACCAAAUUGUUCUUGUAUUUGAAUGCUGUACUAUCUAAGACAAAAACCAGUCUAUUUUCCUUUAAUGUCCUGUUCACCACAUCGCCUCUGUCCUCUUUUCUCAGUGGAAGAAAACCUGGGAGUUCUUUGCAACAGUGACUCAGUUUGGACUGAAUACAGUGAACCUGUUACGUAGGUCAGGUCCCCCUCUCCUUCCCAAUGCUUAGCCCAUAGUGCAUGGCGUGAUACUGGGAAGACCCUACAGACUCUCCCCCAACCUCUGCAACUCUGAAAGGCCUCAUGCCAAGCAUUCUUAUGCAUCAGCUUUCCCUGCGGUAAGUAAUUUAGGAGUGUGGUUGGGGGUAUCUCCCUUGUAGCAAACCGAUAGCUGGUAUUCCCAGACAGUUGGGGCUAGUAGGUGAUCGGCAUGUGUCAUGCGCCUUGUGUAAUAGUUCCACAUGCAGCUUCACCCACUAAGCCAUAACCAGGGAGGGAAGGGGGAUUAGCACAGCCGUAAAUACUGUAAAGAUGUGGAGCCAUUUAAAUGUACAUUGUUUUCCAGAUGCCUUUCCGCUUCUGUCCAUUUUUAGACUGCCUCUUAGAGCCAUAACUCAUGUCCUCAGAUUGUAGGCAUAAGCUGCUAUGAGCCAGUAGACAUGUAAAAGAAAAUGUAAAUACCUGCUAGUGAAAUAGCUCGGACACCUUUCAAACAACAAUGGUACAUCUCUAGUACAAUAUUAACUCUUCUUUGUAUCAAGGAACUUAAUUCUUUAAUGAUUGUAUUUUUGAACUGUUACCCAAAAAUGCUGUCAUCCAAUCGUCUGUUACAUGUGGAAUUAGUUUUGUUGUAGACAGAAGUUUGCAAGAUGCUUCGUUUCAGCUUCUCUCACUUUGCUUUUAUCCUCAGCUCUUAACAUACAGGUUGCCUUUUUUUCUUCUUUUUAACCCGUGGUUCAUUGUAAAACUGAACUGGUUCUAGCCUGUGGCAUUACUGUACUUAAUUAUAUCAGAUAGGCUCUCUACCAGCCAUUUGGCUUGCCUAACGAGCUGGCUUUUUGUUAGAGUAAAGUAGUCACAAAUAAAUGGUCUCUUGCUGCUGCUACCUAAAAAUCAAGUUAAAUUGAAAAGGUUUCUUUUCAAAGCAGGGAAUUAGACUCUUGUGACACUACUACUUUCUUUCCUCUCUGUUCAUCUGCGAAGACACAAUCACUAUCUAAUGCUUGCUGUAAACUCAGUAAACUGCUCCAAAGUGCCCUAGACAGGAAUUUGAGGCUUCCACAGGAUGCAUGAUGGCCAAAUUCUGCAUGAGUUUUCCUUUGAUUCAGAUUGAGAUUAACACCUGUGCAGCAGUCUGAACCUUCUUGUGAAGCACUUCUCCCAAGCAUGGGAGAUUACUUUAAAACCUCACUACGCUCACCCCUCCCCUAAAAGAGUAGCUUGGUUCUAUGGAUAAAUAUUCUACCACAUGAACCACCCUCUGACCCAAGUGGGAUCUAGACAUAUUCAAGCAACCUGACUGGCUGAGGUAUUCCUCACAGCUUUAUAGCAGUGGGUCACUGAAUUGAUGAUUUGCUGCAUUCUGCUUUGUUUAGAGAACAGAUGUGCUUCAACUAACGAAAGACCACUUGAACACUAAUCAUAAUGCUCUUAUAUAUAAGGGUACUGUCAGGUUCAAAUAUUAGAAUCAACUGACCUGGUCUGUGUUACUUAGGACUUCUCAGAUUAUACUCUUAUCUGCAGUGUGUAACUGUUUGAUUACCAAGCACAAGCUGUGAGGAGGGAGCAAAUUUUUCUUCUGAGGAGAUCUGCCGAAAUAAAAUGCUGAAAAAUCCUUGAACUACCUUAAAAGCCACAGACUGACUUUUCAGUCUUUAUGCUAUUUGUUUUGAAGCUGGUGCUGUAGUUGGUUUAGGUGAUGAAAUAGCCGCGUUAUUUUCUGGUGUAUGUAGCCAGUUGUACCUUUUGGGUUUUGCAUGCUAUUACACAGUGCUGCCAACCCCAGUGCUGGACACACUAGAGAAGAAUCCAAAUUUAAAAAGAAAAUUCUUGAAGCUCUAAAAGUAGCCACACAGUGUCUCCAGGCGUGGGUUAGGCCCAGCAGGAGCGUUUACUAAACCUGGAUGUUCAUGUCUCUUCUACUCAGUUUAAAGCCCUAAGAGUGAUGCUGGUUUCUAAGGGCCCCAGUGUGCUUUGUAGAAGAAAGUCCCCUAGUCCAAGGAUCCAGGAUAAAGCUAUAGACCCUAUUUGGAGGGCAUAAGUGCUGGGUAGGCCUCGCGCUUGUUCUUUACAGAGGGAUGACUGACCCUGUGCAUAAACACCUUCUGAUAUGGGUUUUAUGGAGGGAUCAUUUGGACUAAUACUUCUUCUGGUGGUACCACGGAUUCUAUUCCCUGGGGAAUCAAAGUGAACACAGAACAAGGUUCCAGGCAGUCACACCAGCUCCUUUGUACUUGUAUGUGAUGUUUCUUUCGUGGGCUGAGGCACACUUCAUCUGUUCAGCACAGGUAGCACUGCUCUGAUAGCCAGAUGGUUGCAUUAUUCAUUUGGUGCAAAAGACCACUGUCACAGGCUCUGCUUGGAAUUAAAUAUCUCUGCUUUCCCUCCACCUUUUUCCAGAUGCUGCAAGACCAUUACCUUGGGAUAAUUCUGUUGCCCCUGAUUUGCUAAGUAAUGAAGGAAAUGCACUUGGCCAUUCUCAGUUUGUGUGUGAUAUUUUCGUGAGUUAAGAGUGAGGAAAUUUUAACUGUUAAUGUACUGCUCAGCUAGAAACUCAAAUAAAAGCUUUUUAAAAGUAAAACUCCUAGAAGCUGAAGCAAAACAUCUUUACAACACAGGGAAAUGUAGCCUAGAGUCCAAAUACUGUACCUGACCUUUCCCUUUGAUUGUGUGUGGCACACAGCAGCCUCGCGGCGAUUGCUGACUCAGAUCUGUACGGUCAGUAAAAGCUUGCCAGGAACUAAUACACUACAGUAAUUCAGCCUGGGAGAUUGGAUUGAAAAGCAGGUAAAUAUUUUGCACUUUUGAUACUCUUAGAGGGGGGGAAAUAAUUUAUUUGUCAAAUGUCUUUUUUUAAGUUUUGUUUUUGUAUUUGUGACCAAGCACUGAUAAUGUCAUUUUGUUUUAAGAUUAUUACAGAUUCACAACUGAAAUAAACUAUUUUAAUGUGAGAGGAGGUGGCCUUGUAUUUUAAUAUACCCAUUGACAAUG